UCGUAAACAAAGAUGGAAACUAUUUCCAAGUUACCCAUAGCUUUAGCCGUACUCUUCUUCGUUCAAGCAUUCCUUUUCUCCGCCGUCGCCGGCCGCCGCGCCUCCGGCGCAAUUUCCGUCUACUGGGGGCAAAACGGCAACGAAGGCACUCUCAACGAAACCUGCGCCACCGGAAGGUUUCGCUACGUCAACAUCGCCUUCAUCGUCAAUUUUGGAAGCUUCCAAACCCCCGAACUCAACCUCGCCGGUCACUGCAAUCCAGCCACCGGAUCCUGCCGCAUUCUCAGCGAUCAAAUCCGCGCCUGUCAACGGCGAGGAGUAAAAGUGUUGAUCUCCCUCGGCGGAGGCGUCGGUAACUACAGCCUCACCUCUCGCCAGGACGCUCGGAAUCUAUCGAAUUACUUAUGGAAAAAUUUCCUCGGCGGCCGCUCCGCCUCGCGUCCGCUCGGAGACGCCGUCCUCGACGGCGUCGACCUCGAUAUCGAGCUCGGAUCCUCUCUCUACUACACAGAUCUCGUGAGAUUCCUCAAAUCUCACCGCCGGACGAGACACGUGUACGUCUCCGGCGCGCCUCAAUGUCCUUUCCCCGACCGGUUGUUAGGCGCGGCGCUGAACACAACUCUCUUCGACUUCGUCUGGAUUCAAUUCUACAACAAUCCGCCAUGCCAGUACACUCCGAACAACACCGCGAAUUUGAUAAAUUCGUGGACGGUUUGGACGAGUUCCGUGAGGGCGAGGAAGAUAUUCCUCGGACUUCCGGCGGCGCCGCAGGCAGCAGGAAGCGGAUUUAUUCCGGCGGAUGUGCUGACGACGGAGAUCCUUCCGGUGAUCCGGAAGUCGAGGAGGUACGGCGGGGUGAUGCUGUGGUCGAAGUUUUGGGACGAUCAGAGUGGAUACAGCACCGCCAUUGUAAGCAGCGUGUGAUGUGCGGUUGAAAGCGGUUAUGAAUUUCCGUUAGGGACUGUUUGUUUGGAUUUUCUAUUAUUUCAAUUUCGAGAACCAAUUAUGGCAUGUAUCUUGUAGUUUUUUUAAAACAAAACGAAAUUGUGGAAAAAAGAUUUGUCUCAUUGGAUAAUUGGAUUUUUUUUUAA